UGAAGGUCACGUUGCAUGACUAAGCUCGGGUAUAAAAAGGAGUCUCAAAGUGUUUAUUCCUUCACUCUCCUUUUCGAGUUGAAUCAUCAUACAGCAAGUUCCAAGCAAAAGAACAGCAACAUGGCAACUUUGUUCUCCAGCAGCUCUGUGAGCGGUAGAUCCUCCAGGUCUGUCCGAGUCCAGGGUCGUUCUCAGGCCUAUAGUGUUUAUGGAGGAGCGGGAAGUUCGAACGUGCGAAUCUCCUCCGCACCUGUCAGUUUCUCGCAGGCCAGUUACAGCAGCUUGGGCUCGGAUACCUCUCUACUGGUUGGAAAUGAGAAGCUGACGAUGCAGAACCUAAAUGACCGUCUGGCCUCCUACCUGGCAAAGGUACGCUCUCUGGAGAAGGCAAAUGCUGAACUGGAGCUCAAGAUCCACCAGUUCCUUGAUAGCAAGACAUCACCCAAGAACCGAGACUACACCGCUUAUUUCGUCACCAUCACUGAGCUGCAGAACAAGAUCUACGCAGCUAUCCAGCUGAAGGGCGGAGUGAUCCUCAGCAUUGAGAACUCACGCCUGGCCAUGGAGGACUUCAGGAUUAAGUACGAGAACGAGUUGGGGAUGCAUCAGAUGGUGGACGGUGACAUCGCUGGGCUGAAGCAGCUGCUGGACAAUCUCAAAUUUUCAAGGCAGGACCUGACACUGCAGCUGGAAGGCCUGAAGGAGGAACUUGCCUUCCUCAAAAAGAACCAUGAAGAGGAGAUGUCAUUGGCUCGGCACCAGAUGACCGGGCAGGUGCAUGUGGAGGUUGAUGCGGUGCCUCAGGAGGACCUCACUAAAGUCCUGGCGGAAAUUCGUGAACAUUACGAAGCGGUCACUGCGAAAAACAAGAGAGAACUGGAGAACUGGUUCAAAACCAAGACAGAGACUCUGAAGCAUGAAGUGAUCACUCAAACUGAGACCCUGCAGACGUCUAAAAGCGAGAUCACCACCCUGAAAUCCAGCCUGCAGGCUCUGCAGAUCGAGCAACAGUCCCAGCUGUCCUUGAAAGCAUCGUUGGAAGCCACACUGAACGACACUAAGGCACGUUACGCCAUGCGUCUGUCUGGGUACCAAGCACAGGUGAUGAGUCUAGAGGAGCAGCUGGUGCAGCUUCGUGAUGAUCUCACUCGUCAAGCUCAGGAGUAUCAGAUCCUGCUAGACAUCAAGACCAAACUGGAGCUGGAGAUCGCUGAGUAUAGGAGACUACUGGAUGGAGAAGUGACCACUACGAAGACAACAUCCAGCAGUACCUCCAGGACGAAGGUGAUCACAGUGGUGGAGGAGCUGGUGGACGGGAAGGUGGUCAGCUCUACAUCAUCCUCCUCCUCCUCCUACUCAAAAAUAUGAAGCUGAGAUUUAGCUCCAGCAUGCCUCCGUGUGGCCGAGAGAAACACCACACUGUCUCACCUGAAUAAACACUAAAACUUCCUGCAAAUCA